AUGUUCAUACUAAGAAGUGCCAAUAAGAAAUAUUUAUUGGUAUCGUCUACAUCGUCAUUCAUUCACAGAAUCAGGAGAAGAAACAACAGCACUUCGAGCAGUCACUAUUUCAAAGCAAAGCAAGCUUCUUCAGGUAUACCCAUGAUCUCGUCAGUCUACAACUACUUCUUUGGUUCAAGUCAUGGUCAGCAGCAGGCGAGACAGUUUGCCACGAAUAACCCUCACAUCAGCGAGCUGCAGUCGGGCGAGUUUAACCCGAGACUAGUGACCAUUUUCCAGCAGCUAGAUGCCAUAGCGCCGCGUUUCCUCCUCAAGAAAGGCGAGGUGGAAAUCAUCCAGGAUCCCAAAGUUUUUUACCAGACGUUAAAAGACAAGAUAUCGCAAGCUAGAAGGAGGGUUUUCUUGUCCAGUUUGUACGUUGGUAAAGGACAGAAAGAACUCGUUCAGUGCAUCGACGAUGCACUUUCCAAGAACCCGGAACUCGAGGUGUCGAUCUUGACCGAUUGCCUACGAGGCACACGAGAAGCCCCCAACAACCCGUGCUCGGCGUCGCUUUUGGUCACUUUGGAGGCGAAAUACGGGAAACGCAGAGUCGACAUUCGCAUGUACCAUACGCCGCACUUGUCGGGCUUGACCAAGUCGCUAACCCCAAAGAGAAUCAACGAAGGCUGGGGCUUGCAGCAUAUGAAGCUUUACGGGUUUGACGACGAGAUUAUCCUACUGGGGGCCAAUCUCAGUCAAGACUACUUUACAAAUAGACAGGAUAGAUACUACUUGUUCAAACAUAAAGACCUCACCGAGUAUUAUUCCAAGAUUCACCAUGCCAUUGCCAGUAUAUCGUACCAAAUCCAACAUACAACAAAACUCAAGCAAGGCUUCAAACUCGUUUGGCCCGUCACCAACCCCACGUGCGAGCCCCACAUCAACCAGCACAGGUUCAUCAGCGACACUUCCUACCUCCUUGCUCCCCUAAUCAAACAGCACCAACUCAAAUCGUUCGAUGAAUACACUACGCCGUCGGUGGCGUCGGAUUUCGACACCAUCGUCUACCCGGUUUCACAGUUUACGCCCCUUUUCCCCGACAAUGAAGAUGCCAGCACUGAAAAGCCAGCCAUAUUGCGGUUGUUGGCGUAUUUGGACUCGCCCAAGAUCAAAUGGUGGUUCACCGCGGGGUACUUUAACAUGCUUGCUCAGAUCCAGGACCGGUUAAUCUCGGGAUCAGCCUCGGGGUCAGUCAUCACUGCUUCCCCCAAGGCCAACUCCUUUUACAAGUCCCCCGGUGUCUCAUAUUACUUGCCAGAGGCAUAUCUUUUGUUUGCAAAGCGGUUCUUGGAAGAAGUGAAGCGCCGGAGCAAACAGCACUCAAUCACCGUGUACGAGUGGCAAAAUGGCGAAGUCAACAAGCCCGGCGGAUGGACCUACCACGCCAAGGGACUUUGGAUCACGGUACCCGAGGAAGACGAGCCGAGCAUCACCGUGGUUGGAAGCUCCAACUAUACCAAACGGGCCUACCUGAGCGAUUUGGAAAGCAACGCCAUUAUAAUCACGCGAGACGCCGAGUUGAAAAGUGCCAUGAAGCGCGAAAUCCUGCAUUUGAUGCAACAUGCGCUGGAGUUGAAAUUGCUGGAUUUCCAACCAAAGUUGAGGGAGCUGGGGACUGCGGCAGCAGCAGCAGCUGCUGCUGCUGCUGAUUCCGUUGUGGUUGAGGAUGUCGUUGGCAAGAAUGGAAAUGUGCAAGGCACUCCACCAACGCCGCCUCCCAAAUAUGCAAUUGACGAGGAUAGGAAGAUUAGUUACGCGGUGCACUUAGCUGUGAAGCUUCUUGGUGGCAAGAUGUGA